AGGAGAAAGCAGCGUUCUUCCAACGUCUUGUGUGGCAUGGCAUGUUUUGUGGUCACGCCAAGGACUUGGAAACAAUAAAUCCAAAACAUGGCACUUUCUUUUUACCCGAAGGCUCUUAGGUGUGCCGUCAGAUGCGACUCCGUUCUCAGGAUCACAAACGUGGUCCUCAACCAAUAAAUAGGUAAAUAGUGCGUUAGUUUGUAGAAUAAAUUACUCAUUUAUUCAUUAGGCAAUUAACCGGUUUUACUACUACGCUUCCUUCUUCUCAGAAAGGACAAAAUACUGAGUGAUAUCUUAUGACACCUCUGAGAGGCUUAUGUAGUAAACGGAAGAGUUGACAAUAAGCAUUGCUAAGAACUAGUUUUUGCCGAAAACCUUUGUUUCUGCUCGUGGGUGGUUGUCCGAUCAUCUGUACAAACUUUGGCGAAACAAUAAAUCAUUGUGGAAUUCGGUGCUUCCCGAAGUUGUCAAGCUUUCUUCUACCCGAUACAGUACAUACCUGAUGCAUUCCUUACUCUCAUCCCGGAUGGCUAGCUUAAUAUUGCUUAAUGCUAUUAAACAUUGGCCUGAUAAUGUGAAGCGCUUGUUCCUUUGUUGUUUUGUUGCUGGUGGCGGUGAUGUUUGUUUGUUUGUUUGCAUUAUACUCGCGCUCUUGCGACUAUCGGUCGUCAGGAAAGCUUGAUUUUUUUUUUUUUUUUGCUCUCCCAACACUGAGCAGUCUCGCGUAAAAGUCAUGUGGCACCUCUAACUGUGACGUCUGACCCACCCGGUAUAUUGAAGCCUGCUUUAAAAUCGCGCUGCUGAGAAAAAGACCGCGGGUUCGAUCCCGGUCGUGGAAGCCGGUUUCCAAUGGGAGUGGAUAAGUAAAACGCUCGUGGAUAUUAAAUUGUAUACGCUAGUGGCUCUCCAUACGACCAACUCUGUCAAUCGACUUGCUUAAGGAAUAGGAAAUGUGAAUAGCCCCUCGAAGUAGCUCCCUUAACGUACGAGAUAUAGCGCCGCGGUUCUCCACUGUUAGCGACGAAUAUGGAAGGCCGCGCCUGCAUCAUCCGUCACGUCUUUCGGGAAAACAAUCGUCCGAAGCGUUUAACGCGCGCCUCUCAGUCAGGCUCGAGCUGCGGAGAGGAGCGGUCGUCGUCGGCUACUCUGCUUGCUACCCGUCGGGAAUCGAAUACCACAGAACAGAUCGAGACCCGAGGGAGUAGAAGUAUAGAGAAGCGCGACUUCUAAGAAGGUCGCACCGCGGACCAGCGACCCGGCCGGAGGCCAAUAAUAUCAGGCGGAGGGCGGGGGUCCUAGUGUCCGGGACCCCAGGCGGGACGUGAGCGGACACUAGCCCGCCGUUUCGGAGGCGACGAUAGAGUAAGGGUCGAGCGGUUGAGAAGCAAUCGGAGAGGGAGCUACUCAAGGCGGAAGCGGCAAGAUGCAGGAGUUCUACCCUAAAGACUACACGGACCACGAAUCGGAAGUGGACGAUGACUUCCCCGUGUACAUACUCAGCCGCCACUGGAAAGAGGAGCUGUCGCUGGACAAGCCCGAGAACAAGGCCGCUAAGAAGGCACAUCGCACGCUGAGACCUGCGCGCAGGUCCUCCGGCUUACACGUCUUCAACCCGGACCCGAAAUACAACGACACCUUGGAGACUCGCGUCGUGGACACCAACUUGUUCCUCGAAGUUAAGCUUCUAUACAGACCAGGCGGGUCACAGAUAAUCUUCACAAAAAAAGAUAAGAAAGUGCUUACGCUGGAAUUUAAGGACUACAACGCCAAGACAGACGCCAAUCGGUACGACCAGCCGGACCCUGACCUAGCCCUUUUGGUCAAGUACCUCACCAGCUACGACAAGCCAAUAGAACUCGAGGUGGAUCGUAAAGUGUUCAAGCCAGAAGAGAUACACACCUAUGCCAUCCACAUACAACAGAGGGGUUCCAACAUCAAGCUUUCCGUGAAUGAUGUGGCUUGUGCAACAGUGCGUCUUAGUGACCAGCUGCAAGACGCUUACUUCACCACCACUCAAGGCGUUGAGGUGAAAGCUACGCAUCAACCUUUGAAAUUGCCGAGGCCCUACAAGGCAAAGAUCGAACCAUCUCUUGAUGUAGGGGACAGAAUUGUUCUGUUUGGCAUGUUUAAAAACGACAAAAAGUCCACCCCCAAGUAA